UGGGAUUCGUUCAGAAUGACAUCAUGGUUGGCACAGACAUAGUGGGCCGAAGGGCCCGAGUCCUGCGCUUUACUGUUUAAUGUUCCUGUAUGUUUAUUAUCCUUCAAAUCUACCAUCCAGACACAAGGGCCUUUUGUUAUUUAGCAACAUAUACUGUGGAUUUCACAUUCAAUUUUAAAUGAAUUAAUGUUAAAAGCUACUGUUGAUUGCUGGUUUAUUUUCCUAAAAGUAACACAGAUAUUUACCAAGCGGCUAUAAUUAAUGUUUGAACAGCUCCUUAAGACUGCUCCAGAUCAUUCUUUCUCACAAGCUCCUUCCUUGAAUCUUGCUGGCAGCAGUUGCGCGGCUCGGUUUAAGAGACAGGCCGAAGCCAUGGAGCUGUUAUUAGGAAAAAGGCAGACGUGUGCGGCUGCUUCAGUCUUGCUGCAAUUAUUACCUCAGGCAGAUGAAAAGUUCCUACAGCAGUCCAAAGUAGAUCUGUGAAUCUCUUGCUAGGUACCUGAAGCAAAUGCAAUCAUCUGGGUAAGGCAAUCCAAUUGAACCUAAUCCUGUCUAAGCCAAUGUCUACAUAAGGAAACUUAAAGUAGUUGCUAAAGAAAUUGCUGCAGUCAUCAUGGGGUCUACCAUGCAGCAGAUGCCAAACAGUUUCUGAGAAUGAAUCUGUAUUCUGCUACUUUGCAUCUCAUGCAAGUGCCCAGCAGACAAGCCAUCUCUGCCUCUUAUGAUCAAGAAAUGGCUCAAGACACUGGAUUCUGCAUAAGCUAUGGGUCCUGUAAAAGCUCAGUCAAUAGUACGGAAGACUCACCUGGCACAGAAGAAGAUUUGGCAAAGAACUAGUCAGAAUUGGAUCAGCCUUUCCAUGAAUCUAUUAUACUACAGUUCUGGCCAAACACAGAUUCCUUUCGGAAUUUCCUCAAACAUGUGGACUCCUCUUGGUCUGUUCCUUUACAUAUCCAUUUCCUCUUUGACUGUGAGCUCAACGUACAAUUUACAAAACAAUGGAAUUGAAGUGCUUAAGUCUCUUCACGUCAGUAGUGCGCAGGAAUGUAACCAAACUUGUAACAGCGUAGCAGAUCAAGAAUUCUGGAAUCCACGAGUCUCUAUGAAGGACCACACGGACCAAACUGAAAGUUGCUGGUGGAGCGAUGGCUUGGAGUGUAAUUGGGUUGUAAUUGAAGAAAAACAAAAUCUUUGCUUUUAUUUGCACUGUCUUGAUAUCCCAGUCUGUAAAAGAGUAACUGUGGAAGAUGCUAAAGCUCUGCAAAUAGGGCAAGGUUUGCCAAACAAGAUUUUUUUAAGUCGCAUACAAAGGGAUAGAACAAUUGAUAAAAAGAUUUCCAGAAAAAAUUCUACUAUUUUAAAGAAAUCAUCUCCAGUGUUGUCACAUCGUGCCAUUAGAGCUAUUGCCACCAGGAAUGCAAGCAAAGGCACAACUACAGUAUCACCCACUACGCCCAGUACAAUCACAACCACAACUACAGUAUCAUCAACCCUCUCCACCACAACCACAGCUAUGAUCACAGUAUCAUCAGCCCUCCCCACCACGACCACAGUCUCAUCAGUCCUCCCCACCGCAACCUCAGCCACGACCACAGCAUCAUCACCCCUCCCCACCAAAACCACAGCCACGACCACAGCAUCAUCACUCCUCCCCACCACAACCACAGCCACGACCACAACAUCAACAACCCUCCCCACCACAACCACAGCCAUGACCACAGUAUCAUCAGCCCUCCCCAACACAACCAUAGCAUCAUCAACCCUCCCCACCACAACCACAGCCACGACCACACUAUCGUCAGCCCUCCCCACCACAACCACAGCCACGACCACACUAUCGCCAGCCCUCCCCACCACAACCGCAGCCACAACUACAAUCUUUCAAGAAGUCACAAGUACAACCUCAGCUAUUCCAUCAGUAUCUAUUUCAGGUUUUCAAACACCUCCAACCAUGACAAUAAUACCCACUCCAAAUAAUUCAACAAUAAAUGUCAAUGAAUCAACUUCAUCAGCAAAUGAACAUACCACACAACUCUCCACUACUAAUUUAGCAGAAACUACUGAGCUACUAACAUCAACUGCUCAACGAACUGCAUCAACUUCAACAACUGUUCGUCAAACUACACUGGCAAAGGCAUUAUCUACAAAAGCCACGAAUAUUUCAAAUGCUUCUGUAACUUACACUCAAACUACAACAAACAAAAUGAACAGUUCAGCUCCUGUAACUAUGACCACAUCCACAAUGGCCAGAGGAGCAUCAAAAUCACCAGAGAAAGAAUCAAGAACUACACCUGCUUUCAAUGAUGGGAACUAUUACAUCUUUCCUUCAGUCCCUGCCGGAUCUCUAAUCAAACAUUUAGCUGAUACCAGUUCUUUAAUUGCCAUACUAAUAUUUGGGCUGCUGUUUUUCUUAGUGAGUAUAAUAUUGUUUGCUCAAAAAGCUUUUGAAAGCAAUAAAAGGAAAGACUAUGUUCAAGUGGACUAUUUAAUAAAUGGAAUGUAUGCAGACUCAGAUAUGUAAGAGAAAGAAAAAUGAAAAAUAUAGGAACUAUAAUACAGCUCCAUUACAGUAAUGGCAGCGUUUCUUCAUCAAACUAAGCACAUUGGGAGAAGGUGUGGUGUGGAUCAGCAGUAAGUCAAACAGAACUGUCUCAUUCUGGAACUUAUAGGGAGCUUUCAGAGGAUCAGUUGCCUGAGUAUUCAUUAUGAGUUUUGGAGUAUAACCAUGAUGAAACAAAGUACUAUGAUUCUAAUUUGGGUUAUCCUGAAGUUGAUUGUAGUCCUGUUUGUUAAUAUUGAUUUAAAUAUUUUUGGGGACUUCUAUCCUUGAUUAUGGUGAGAUUGCAACAAAACAAAAUGCUUCAACCACUAUCUCAUAUUAAAAAACAACGUAUUUGGUGUAUUUUUGAUUAAGUGGAAUUUUUGCAAUAAAAUAAGUUUUUAAUGAAAACAAUGCAGUAACCUAACACAACCUUCCAGCAAUACAGUGCAAAAAAGUGUUAUUGAGCAUUGAGCUAUAAUGUGCAAUUGUAAAGCACUGCUAUGGAGUUUUCUUGCCUUUAAUUUUAAUUUUUUUUCAAUGCUACAUCUCUGAAAUUUAUGUCUCUUCUCAGAGGUGCUUGUAUAAUUUUGAGAUUCUUAUGCUUCAAUUUAUCAUAUAACUAUUAAAAUAUCUCUUGUGCAUUAAUAGCUGAGAUACUAUUGUAUCUUGCUGCCAUGAAUACUUUGCUUAUCUGAAUUACUGUAUUAUCUUCAUGGAAGACCAAGUCUAAUGGACAUAAAAGUACAAAAUUUGCAUAAUUUUAUUUGUAAUAAUUUAGUGUAUGUCUUUUACAUGGUAUGUCUUAACAACAACUUGGCCAGAAUACAGCAAAGCCCAGCAACAAUAUAAUGACAUAUAAUGGCUCCCUCUUCCUCCGCUGCUCACUUGUGUUGUAAAGUGUGCUGGACACUGUACUGCUAAAGGAGUUAGCAGGCAUACAUAAGUAUACAGAGCAGAUAGAUCAUGAGAUGCUGACUUGAUGCCAUUGUUGCCACUUUGGAACUCCAUUAUCUAGCCUACCACUUUUAAUUGCCUUCCACACUUACUAACAUGAGGGACCCCACCUCCACCUCCCCUUCCUGCCCACUCAAUACCAUCACCAACACGAAUGCAGCAAUACAAUUGAAGAGACAUUACAUACAUGCUAGACACUGGAUUAAUUCUUCUGGCAGUUACAGUUCUACAUGUGUGUUUUAGGGGGUUUUCAAUAUUUAUUGAAAGUUUCAAUUAUAUGAACCAUAAGCUGUCGGAGCAGAAGUAGGCCAUUUGCCCCAUCGUUUCUGUUCCUCUAUUUAAUGUGAUCAUUGCUGAUCUGAUAAUCCUCAACUACAUUUUCCUGUCUUUUACCCAUAAUCUUUGAUUUCCUCCUUGAUUCAAAAUUUAUAUCAGCCUUGAAAUAUACUGAACAACCCAGCCUUGAUAGCCUUCUGUGAUAAAGAAUUCCACAGAUUUACUACUUCUGAGAGAAGAAAUUCCUCAUCUGUCUAAGAUGGAUGACCCUUACCCUGAGAUUAUGCCCCCUGGUCUCAGACUUUCUGACAAGGGAAACAACCUCUCUGCAUCUACCUUUCAAGCCCCCUAAGAAUCUUACACGUUUCAAAUAGGUUACCUCAUUCUUCUAAACUCCAAUGAGUACAAGCCCAACCAACUCAACCUUUCUUCAAAAUAAAAUCCCUCCAUAUCUUGAAUCAUCCUGAAGAACACACUGUAGACCACCUCCAAUUUCUUUGCUUAGAAAGGAGGCCCAAAACUCUUCAGAAUAUUACGGGUAUGGUCUGACUAGUGCCUUGUAUAGAUUUAGCAGGAGGCUCCUAUUUUUAUACUCUAUUACCUUUGAAAUAAGGGCCAACAUUCCAUUUGUUUUCCCUAUUAUCUACUGAACAUGUGUGCUCGCAUUUUGUGAUUCCUGCAUGAGGACCCCCAUAUGCCUCUGUGCUGCAAUUUUCUGCAGUCUUUCCCCAUUUAAAUAAUAUUCACCACUUCUAUUCUCCCUGCCAGUGCACUAACCUCACAUUUUCCCACAUUAUAUUGUUGUGAUUGGAACGUGGUCAGCCAUGUGGAUCUCAGGUGAGUUCCCUGAUUGGGGCUGUUAACCUGGUCUAAUCUGGGAGCCCUGGCUGACAGAUAAGAACAGGGGUGUCAGGGGUUCUGUUCAGCCUAGGAGCUGGCUCUGUGCUAGCUGGGUCAGUGUCAUAUACUAUGCACGUUUAAAUAAAGAAUGUCUUGGUAAUGG